AUGUUUGACAAUACAAAAAUACCUUUUUACAGCUGGAUACUGAAGAUAGUUGGCACUCCUGUGCACAUGGCCCCCGAACUGCUCUCAGGAAGAUACGAUUCCAGUGCGGAUGUAUACGCUUUCGGCAUACUGUUCUGGUACAUCUGUGCCGGUCAAGUGAAGCUGCCCAAUCAUUUCGACCAGUUUCAGAAUAAGGAGCAGCUGUGGAACAGUGUCAAGAAAGGUAUAAGGCCGGAGUGCCUCCCUCUCUUUGAUUAUUCCUGCUGGAACCUGAUGGAGCGCUGA